CCCGUCUGCUCUUUGAGCGCAAUUCUUUAUUAGUCCUCGGGGGCCCGCACCAUCUCGAGGAAGUAACGGCUACUCUUCAUUCAGUUCAAGCUUGCAACUAGCGCUGUGAAAAUCGUGCUAAAAGCCCUCUUUUCCGACCCAUCUUCGCCCCCUCGGUUCGAACGAUACGGUGCGCUGCCCCUGGUCAAGAUCAACCCCGUCCCUUUUGUUGCUUGAGCGCUGGCAGCAGCACCGAUCUGGUGCCCGUCUCUCGUGCAAAAAGGCGCUUGUCGCUCCCGACCCAACCCCAUCCAAAGCACUUGUUACAACCUGCUCCCCACCUCGGCCUCUUGAGGUUUGGCCGCUUUCUUGGACUCCCUCGUCUAGAAAGCCUUCAAAAUAAAGAAUACGCCGGUCUCUGGCCUAAGGAUUGCUUCAAUCCGUAUCGUCGCCUGUCUGUCCAAACGUGUGGACUGGUCCUUUACUUUUGAGGGACCAACUGUCAUCCACAACCUUUCUCUCGGGUCAGUCACAUCAUACGCCGGUGACACUCGAGUCUCCUACCACCAUAUCACUCACUCCCUUGCCUAUUAACCGCGUUCCUUCACGUGGGAGGCAGGUAACGAGAAACACCUUUGAUGGACAGGGGUGGAUCAGAAUACGCGCAGUCAGAUCAGUCGUCUGUCGCGACCUACGCCACGCAAGACCCGCGCUCUGCCACUAUCUCGAGCAACAACACACCGCAGUCGGAUUACGGUCUGACUCCGUCGUCGGCGCGUUCGUCGGGUUUCCCUCCAGAGCAUCUGCGCUACAGCCAAUACCCUCCGGCGCAGCACCAUCAAGGUGCUGUUGGAACAAUGGCACAACCAACAAAUCCCUCGAUUUCGCAAGCAAGCCCGACCUAUCCUCCCUAUUCGCCUUACCCGCAAGGACAGGACAUGCAACAUGCGUACCAGCCUCAGCACGCGCCAUACAUGCCGCAGCGACCACCGCAUGAGCAAUGGGGCGGUUAUCCACCACAACAUGCGAUCCCGGGGCCAUACCCUCAUCCUGGACCGGGGGUCCAAGGCCCGCCUCCAUCUUCAGGUGCAUCGCGCUCUGGUCAGGUCUACUCAUUCGUCCCUAUCCCGGGUGCGCAGCAGCAUAAGCGACCGCGCCGUAGGUAUGAAGAAAUUGAACGAAUGUACAAGUGCGGCUGGAAUGGAUGUGAAAAAGCGUAUGGAACACUGAAUCAUCUGAAUGCCCACGUCACGAUGCAGUCGCAUGGAACCAAGAGAACUCCAGAAGGUGAGCUACACCCUUGUAGGCCUCAAAUCUCUGGACCAGUCUUUUCGGCGAGACCAUAUGAUUUGUUGAUGGGGCUCGACUGACCUUUUCGCGUAGAGUUCAAGGAGAUCCGCAAGGAGUGGAAAGCUCGCAAGAAGGAAGAAGAAAACGCGCGCAAGGCGGAAGAAGAGCGCCAGAGAGUUGCAGCGCAAGCUAAUCAGGUGGACGGUCCACCGGGCGAUGCGCAUCCCGUUCCUGGCCAAGGCUAUCAACAGAACGGCACUCGACCAUCACUCCCACCCAUUGGCUAUCAGUCCGCAGAGGGGCACGCUCAAGGACAAUACGGACAGCCGCAAGGUGGUAUGGUCUAUCCACCAGGCAGCACCCAGAUGAACAGCUAUCCCAAUUAUCCGAAUUCGCCUUAUGCGCAGCAAGGCCAGGUUUACCAACAACGUCAAUAUUAGAAACAUACCCAUGAGCAAGCCGCCAGGCUCCUGGCUUGUGGUGCGUCCUUGGCUCUCAGCGAUCACUCAGCUUUGGAUGGUGAGCGGCGCAAGAAUGCUUAUGUCAAGAGCUGCAUGCUUUCAUGGAGUGAUGCAGCACCUCAUUUUUACACCAAGAUACCCCUAGGUGGGAGUGGAGGAGAUAAUGGACGAGCAAACGCGGACCAAGUCAAAAGUAUCGUGAUGAGGAGCAUGCUGGGAGGAGUUUGUCACAUUGGCUGGCGGGUUCCGAUACUCAUGAGUUUCCUUUUCUUUGUUCUCGUUUUCCCCAUCUCUUUUUUUUUUGUUUCAUUUGACGCGUUUGUCACCAUUUGCACAGCAAAACGCGUCUCUUUCGAGGGUGAUGAACGUUAUGACCGAUCGGCCGACUGCAUGCAUUUUUGUUGAAGAGGACCAGUGCAUUUUAUGAGAGCAGGGGAUUGUUCCUGUCUGCACAGGCCAACCCGAACAUCGAAGAGCUUUUGGAAGGGAAAGACGAUGGGAAUACAGUCAACAGCAUGGAUUGUCAAUGCGUGCGUGUCCACCGAAGGGAGAGCAAGGGGAACUGUCAAAUUGCUGUUGGGUUGGGAAGUCUGGUCCCACGAGUGCUCGUUAUUGUACAGUGGUGGUACCCUAGGGUCAGACAGGAUAUGACUUGCACUCCGGUCAGUCGGUGCUGCGGGCCGGAAUUCGUUAUUAGAACAAGGAGUUGGUCUUGCUGUUCAUGUUCAGACACAGAAGGCAGACCAGAGAUCAAUUUGAGCAUCAAGUGAUUAUGGCGAAUAAACGGGUAUUUCCUUUUUGGCAACACUGCCAGAUCCCUG